ACAGCAUUUGAUUGUUGACACGACACAUUGUAAUGUCGACGUGUCUUUCAGUUUGUUAAGACGGAAGUAUUCUGUCUAGUUUAAACUUUAAAAUUAAAAAUGGACAUAGAAGAGGUUUAUGAAUCAUCAAAAGAAUUGUUGAAUGCUAGUGGAAAAGAAGGUUCCGACACAGAACCUAUAUUAGAAACCGAAGAAAUCGGUUCCACUUCAGUGAAAAAUGCUAACGAAGUGCUAACUAAGUUUCGAGCUAUUAUCGCGGAGUAUUUGCAAGGUGAUACUGUCCUUGAUGGCCUCGAUGAUGUGACAAAAGGCGUUCUUGGCUCCUACUCCUUAGCAGGAUAUCUGGAUUAUGCCAUCCCAUCAGGAAAAGAAAUUGUUGUCACUAAACUUUUACAGCAUUGCUGCUUUCAACUACAAGAUUUUCUUAGAGUUUCAGACGGAAUCUGCUAUGCCCAUGAGGAAGCAACCACAGCAGUUGUCCAGUUAAUUCAGAUGCAGCUUUUGAAUCUUUACCCUAAGUACAGCACACAAGGCUAUGAAGCUUUAUACUCCUGCCCACCCACCAUUUACAUAAGCCCCUUGUGUAUCCCAUCUUUGGCUAAUGCAGUAUGUAAAAAGCUUGGAUUCCCAAGUAGUUGUGUCAAGGUUAUGAAAAUGAAUGGUCAUGAUCUUAAAAAAAUGGAGAAAUCUUUGCAAGAAGAUCUUGCUGCUAAAAGGGUUCCAUUAAUGAUCAUUGCAUCAUGUGGAUCACAUCAUUCUGGCCAAGUUGAUAACCUAGUUGGUGUUUCCCAGCUCUCUCAACGUUUUAAUGCCUGGUUUCAUUUGGAGGGCCAUUUAAUAAGCCAUCUCAGUCUUCAUGAUCAGCCCAAGAAGACUCUUCAGGUAGCUGAUAGUUUGCAUUUGGACCUAAGGCAAUUACUUGGUAUUCCCAGCCUCCCGUAUGUGACAAUGUACCGCCACUGUGAAAUAGCUUUACAGAGAGCUGCCUACUUGACACCAUCUCAUUGCUCACCAUUCAGUGUGGUUCCUUUGUGGUUUGCCCUUCAGAAUUUGGACUCCACAACCAUCAGUAAUCGCUUUCGAUCGGCGGUUGAACUUAGCAGGAUGCUUAUCAAUCGCCUUGUCACCAUUCCUAAUAUUCAAAUUAUGAGCCAUGUACCAAAGACUAUCAAACCGUCAUCAAGUACGGAAUUGAAAGACACCUUAACCGAAGAUUUAGAGAGUGUCCAAUUAGGUGAAGUCGUCGAUAGUAAAGGCGAUGAGAUAUCCGAAGUAAGAAAGAUAGUGGAAGAAAUAGGUGAUUUACUUGAAAGAAAUGAAUCACCCAUGGAAGACGAUGGAGUAACUAACGUUCGUGAUGAUGACGCAGAACUAUGUGAUAACGAGAAAACGAAGCCCGAGGUCUUAAUGGAUAGUAUCGUUCCGGUUGUAGUAUUUCAGUAUCGUCCUAAAGCUAAAGAAAUUGGGGAAUGCCCUGGAAACCUGUUAGAUGAUUUGAAUUUAUGGUUGGUUCAAGUUUUGGAACGAGCCUGUGAAGAGAUUCAUAUGGACAUUAUAGACAUUGACGACAGUGGAUAUGCUCUUCGUUUUUCGCCAUAUGAUUGCAAAUCAUUCCCAACCGUGGAUAACCUACAGAAAUUUCUUGAAAAUCUUGACCAGCAGUUGGAAAUUUUGAAUGCAACUGUUGAUCAUAAGAAAACGCUUAACAAAAUUAUAGAAGUAAGUGGUGGAGAACUUCAAUUGGUUGAAUUACCUGGGUGGGCCGGGCUUGGAGGAGUGAGAUAUUUACCUGCUGCUUGGCGAUCAAACAACACUGAACAAUUACCUGACCAAGGCAAGGAGGAAAUUAACAGGAUAAACAGAGAGCUUGUUGCAAAAUUGAAGGAAACAGAUUCUGCAUUUUCUUUGGGUGAAGGAAGGGAUGGCCUAUCUUGCGUUCGUUUUGGAAUGGUUGUGGCCAUUACCGAUGUAGAAGCAUUAGCUAAUUUAGUGCGUCAAACUGGUCUUGAUCUUGAGGCAUCAACUUUGGCACUUGAAACCAUGGCAGUGAUGAUUCGAAAAGGUAUAGAGGAAGCACAAGCUGAAUUACAGCGGGAAACAGAGGAGAAACUUUGGCAGGAAGGUUUGCUACGGCACAUUCCCGUAGUGGGGUCCCUUGUCAACUAUUUCUCACCACCACAGAAAACGUCUAUCAAGGGACGAUGCCUAAAUUUGCAAAAUGGCCGAAUAGAAAAAAGUGAUGUUAUGAUUCAUUCUGUACCAGUCGAAGAGGCAUCUGACGCAUUAGACAACCAAGAAAUGCCUUUAGUCGCUAAUGAAGAAAUCAAUGACGCACCCCAUGAGUGAUUACAUAUAGCUUUGUGUAUGCUUUUUUCCUAAUGGGAUUCUUAUAUGGUAUUGGUCUUGUUUGUUUCUUUUUCGUCUUGUUAUAAGUACGCUUUCUUGUUUUCAUUUACAUUCCUAUGUUUGUCACAAUCAGUAUUUAAAAAGUUGUUAUUUGAAAUGAUUUAAUAAAUGAGUUCUUUACACCCUAA